AUGGCGUUUCAGGUCGCAAAGCGUGACCUUCGCAAGAGGAUGCGCUCAACUCUACAGAGUCUUUCUGCAACCUCAAUAAGUCAACAAUCCAGCGCGGCAACAACCAAGUUCUUGUCACUGCCCGAGUACCAAAACGCCAAAAGUAUCGCCGUAUACUUGUCGAUGCCAAGUGGGGAACUCUCAACAACUGGAAUCGUAAAGGAUGCUCUACAGCGUGGGAAGAAUGUCUAUAUCCCGUAUAUUCACACCCAGGACAAAGCAUCCAUUAUGGACAUGUUCGCGCUCGGAUCCAUGUCCGAGUUCGAGUCAUUACAGCUGGACAAAUGGGGAAUCCCAUCACUCCUAUCUACGCAAAUCGACGGUCGACCGAAUGGAUUGAUACAGGGCUUGGAUCUUAUUGUCAUGCCGGGCAUGGCCUUUGACCGUGGGUUCCGACGACUUGGUCAUGGCAAAGGGUAUUAUGAUCAUUUUUUAACGCGAUACUCAACAUCGACCCACAAAAUGCCAUUCCUCGUUGCCCUUUCUCUCCAAGAACAGUUGCUCGCCGAGGAUAUUCCUGUGGUGGAGCACGACUGGUUGGUAGACGCGAUCGUGGUUGGUGAUGGUCAAUUCUUGGAUCGCAGGGUGUAG